GACUGCGCUGAGAGCUCACGCUGAGCUCGCGGUGAGUAAACAAACCAGUCGUGUAAAAAACAAGCAUACCGUUGACAAGACCGUGUUAGCAACUUGCCAGAAGACAUAUAUAAUAUAUAUCUUAAUACUCGAAGUCGGAAUCGUCUAUCGGUAUGUUGUCGGGAAAAUACGAAUAUGUGGUUGUUGGAGCAGGCAUCGAAGGCUCUGCCACUGCAUAUCAACUGGCCAAGAAAGGUGCAAAAGUUUUGCUUUUGGAACAGUUUCCACUUCCACAUAACCGUGGGAGUUCCCAUGGUGCAUCACGAAUGAUUAGACGAGCUUAUGAAGAAGAUUACUUCUGCGAAAUGAUGAAUGAAGCUUAUUCCGACUGGCAGGAGCUAGAGAAAGAAACAGGAACUAAAAUCUACAUGAAAACUGGAUUAGUGAUGAUCAGUGAAAAUCUAAACGUGACAGAAUCAGUCGCAAAGAUUUUAAAUAGUUUGAACAUGAAGAGUGAGCUUUUGACCGCCAAUCAGGUGAAUGGUAAAUAUCCAGGCGUAUUCUUAUCUGACAAUGAGACAGCUGUAAUUGAUACGGAUGCUGGCAUACUUAAAGCCGACAAAGCUCUCCGAUGCCUACAGGAGAUGUUUGUGAGGAAUGGAGGAGAAAUCCGUGAUCAGGAACCAGUCAGGCGAAUCAUACCUGAGUCGGAUACCAGCGUUAUGAUUGAAACGUCUCAUGGCACAUACCGUUCUAAUUCCGCUAUACUGUGCCUUGGACCCUGGGCACCCAAAUUCCUAAAAUCACUGGGGCUAAAUUUGCCAUUGGAGAGUGUCAAAACCACUGUUUGUUUUUGGAGGAUGAAGCCUGAAUUUUCGCGUAUGGGAGCUGUAUGGCCUUGCACAGUUAACAUAAGUGCUGAAGAGCACUCAUACAGUUUGCCACCUGAUGAGUAUGAGGACCUCAUGAAGAUCUGUUGGCAUGGUGGUGUAGCUUCCGACCCGGAUGACAGGGAUCGCGUCUCACCUGCUGAGUCUCACAUCGAUGGCCUCAUUAAGUAUGUGCGUCGGCGCUUCCCCUGCGUUGAGCCAAAGCCAAGUAUCAUGGAGACAUGCAUGUAUACGUGCACUCCCGAUGAGAGCUUUAUAUUAGACAGACACCCAAAACACAAAAACAUCAUUAUAGGAGCUGGAUUUUCAGGCACUGGAUUCAAGCUGGCACCAGUGGUAGGAAGAAUACUAGCAGAUUUGGCACUUGGCAAGAAACCAUCCUAUCCUUUAGAGCCGUUUUCCAUUGCCAGGUUUACAAAGUCUCGUCUGUAACUCGGUCCUAACUUUGCUCUGCAAUUAUAAUAGUGGUGCAUAAGUGAUAAGGCAACAAAAAUCACACGACUUUGACCAGUAUUUUAGUGAGUAAUAAGCUGUGGUGUUUUAUACAAAAUGGAAUUACCUCGUUCAGUAGCCUUCAGUUCUUUCCUUUCUGGCUUCCCAUGGAACAUGUUGCUUUAGUGUCUGUAAAGG